AUGGCCGUGGAGGCCGGCAGGAGGCUGCUCGUGCAGUGGGGGGAUGGGCAGGACUGGCAGGCCCGCGUCGCCAUCGCUCCCGCCACCGCCGCCGAUCUGCAGGCCAUCAUGGAAGUUCAAGCGACUCCCGAACAGAUAGCAGCAGGGAAGAUAUGGUGGUGCGGGACCCCGGACGGCGACGCCUACCCUCACUGCCUGGACGUGGGCCCGCUCAGCGGGUUGAUCCUGUGCGACGACGAGGGCCGGCCAGAUCGGGCGACGCUCCUCGGCACGCGGUUCACCAACCGCACGCGCGUGUAUGGCACGGACUGGAGCGCCACGCCGCUGGAGUUCGCCAAGAUGAUCAAGCUAGCUGUGCAUCGGCGACCAGUGGCUGGAGCCCCGGUCGUCUGGAGCACGGGCGGCACCCCGCGUAAGACGCUGCUGGGCAACCUGAACGUUGAUGAGUUCGCUGUCUGCGACGUCGGCGCGCUCGCCGUGAAGGGCUCAGAGGUGCUGCUGCUGCGGAGGAGCUCAGGCGUCGAGGACGACUUGGACUCGGAUGCCCGCGUGCUCAGCAUCGUCCAGAGCCCGAGUGGCGAGAGACGGCGCCCAUUCAAGGACAUCGGUUGUCAGGACCAUGAGCUGGCGAUGAGAAUGAUAGAGCUCGCCGUGGUGUACGACCAGCUCAACAUCACCGAGCUAGCGAGUUUCGAGCUGCUCUUGAGGAUGGCGCAGCUCGCCGAGAUGCGGUAUCGUGACAAGAUCCGGGGGAAGCACGGCGGGGACGAGUUCGCGGAGGAUGAGUUCUUGCACAUGGGGGCUGGCCUCACGCGCGGCCUGGUGAUGGUGAGCCCGGACCUCUCGGAUCACAUCACCGAGCAGCUCCACAAGGAGGCCGCCGUGAUGAAGGAGCGCAGGAAGUUGAAGGAGGAGAGGCAGGCAAGCCUUGCCCCCGGCGGAGGGGGCGUGGGUGGGAGCUCAUCCGCAGCGGCCCAGGGGCUGCAGCAGAAGGUGAACGCCCAGGCCGCCGAGAUCCGCAGCCGAGCUGCGAGGAGCCGACUCCGCAAGAAGGAGCACCUCCACGCCUGGAUGCAGGAAGUUCUGGUUUCAAUUAAUGAGCUGUAUGGCCACGGGUCGCUGCCCGCCGACGGCAAGUCUUCGCUCGCGCAGGAGUGCGGGCUGGAGCAUGUCAGGCGCGCGGUGGAGGACGCCGCGGCACCGCCAGCUUGCACCGCCGCGGCGGCCCACCGAGAGCUGUGCGGACCUGGGCACGGCUACGUCUUCGAGCCGGAGCACAUCGCGUCCUGCGACCGGUCCCUGGUCUCUCUGCCGAAGGGGGGCGGCCUCGCUGAUGGGGGCCGCAUCCUGGAGGGAGAAGCUUUGCAGCAAUGGGCAGGAUGGAGGCAGCUGUUGAAGCGACACCCCGAGGGCGACAGCCAGGCGCCCAAGCCCCACUACGACGGCAAGUUUCGUUCCCGAUCUACCUACGCCCAGUUCGUCGGUGACCUGUUGGACGCUGGCGUGGUCUCCCUGAAGCAGCAGCGGGAGGAGACUGCGGGGGCCUUCUUUGUGCACAAAUCGAAUGGUAUGCAGCGUUUAAUUAUUGACCCUCGGCGUGUCAAUGACUUCUUUGAAGCUCCAGCGCACACAGUGCUCCCGACGGCGGGGGCUUGGUCAGCGUUGGAGGCCCCCAUAGACCAGGAGUUGCACCUCGCUCAGGCCGACGUGGACAACGCGUUCUACAGGAUCGGCUUGCCGCGGGGGGCGCAGGAGAUGUUCGUUUUGAGAGCUGUCCACCUUCCCACCCUGCUGAAGCUGAGGCCUGACCUUUCAGCCCAGCUGCCGCCAGGGAUCGAGGCGUGGGCGUCACCUUGCCUAGAGGUGCUUCCCAUGGGGUGGACGUGGAGUCUCUACUUUUGCCAAUGCAUGGCGAUGGCUGGUGUUCAGGCUGCUGGCUUCGCCCUCUCCGAUUUCAUCCAGGAUCGCCGUGCAGCCCCGUCGGUGACGGACCGCAACCGUGUGGCCGUCUACGUGGACGGAGUCGCUGCGGCGGGGCUGGAGGCUGACCUGGUGACCUCCGACUGCGAGCGGGUCGCCGCGAAGCUGGAGGCGCUGGGCCUGAAGUGCAAGGGCGUGGAGGCGGCUGGCUCGGACACCACCUUCACAGGCCUGAGCUUCGAGGUGGCCUCUGGCAAGAUACGGCUGUCUCGGUCACGGACGUGGAAGUUGAGGUUGGCUCUUCUGCACACGGCCCCCCGCGGGUGGGCCUCGGGAGACGAGCUUCGGCACCUCCUUGGCCACUGGUGCUGGGCAGCGAUCCUGCGGCGUGAACUGCUGAGUGUGUUCGCGCAGACGUACAGGUACAUCGCCCUGGCCGGCUCCAGGAGGUGGAGGCUCUGGCCCUGCGUAGAGGCCGAGCUGCGGCGGGCCGCGGCCUUGGUCUGCUUCGCGUUCGUGGGCGCCAAGCGGCCCUACAGCACGGUCGUGACCGCGCCCGACGCCUCGGGGGCCAGCCGCCACGACUUCGGCGGGCACGGCGCGAUGGAGACCGACUGGGACCUGGGGCUGCAGCAGAAGGUGAACGCCCAGGCCGCCGAGAUCCGCAGGCUGAUGGACAAGGUCGGUGACCGAGCUGCGAGGAGCCGACUCCGCAAGAAGGAGCACCUCCACGCCUGGAUGCAGGAAGUUCUGGUUUCAAUUAAUGAGCUGUAUGGCCACGGGUCGCUGCCCGCCGACGGCAAGUCUUCGCUCGCGCAGGAGUGCGGGCUGGAGCAUGUCAGGCGCGCGGUGGAGGACGCCGCGGCACCGCCAGCUUGCACCGCCGCGGCGGCCCACCGAGAGCUGUGCGGACCUGGGCACGGCUACGUCUUCGAGCCGGAGCACAUCGCGUCCUGCGACCGGUCCCUGGUCUCUCUGCCGAAGGGGGGCGGCCUCGCUGAUGGGGGCCGCAUCCUGGAGGGAGAAGCUUUGCAGCAAUGGGCAGGAUGGAGGCAGCUGUUGAAGCGACACCCCGAGGGCGGCAGCCAGGCGCCCAAGCCCCACUACGACGGCAAGUUUCGUUCCCGAUCUACCUACGCCCAGUUCGUCGGUGACCUGUUGGACGCUGGCGUGGUCUCCCUGAAGCAGCAGCGGGAGGAGACUGCGGGGGCCUUCUUUGUGCACAAAUCGAAUGGUAUGCAGCGUUUAAUUAUUGACCCUCGGCGUGUCAAUGACUUCUUUGAAGCUCCAGCGCACACAGUGCUCCCGACGGCGGGGGCUUGGUCAGCGUUGGAGGCCCCCAUAGACCAGGAGUUGCACCUCGCUCAGGCCGACGUGGACAACGCGUUCUACAGGAUCGGCUUGCCGCGGGGGGCGCAGGAGAUGUUCGUUUUGAGAGCUGUCCACCUUCCCACCCUGCUGAAGCUGAGGCCUGACCUUUCAGCCCAGCUGCCGCCAGGGAUCGAGGCGUGGGCGUCACCUUGCCUAGAGGUGCUUCCCAUGGGGUGGACGUGGAGUCUCUACUUUUGCCAAUGCAUGGUGAUGGCUGGUGUUCAGGCUGCUGGCUUCGCCCUCUCCGAUUUCAUCCAGGAUCGCCGUGCAGCCCCGUCGGUGACGGACCGCAACCGUGUGGCCGUCUACGUGGACGGAGUCGCUGUGGCGGGGCUGGAGGCUGACCUGGUGACCUCCGACUGCGAGCGGGUCGCCGCGAAGCUGGAGGCGCUGGGCCUGAAGUGCAAGGGCGUGGAGGCGGCUGGCUCGGACACCACCUUCACAGGCCUGAGCUUCGAGGUGGCCUCUGGCAAGAUACGGCUGUCUCGGUCACGGACGUGGAAGUUGAGGUUGGCUCUUCUGCACACGGCCCCCCGCGGGUGGGCCUCGGGAGACGAGCUUCGGCACCUCCUUGGCCACUGGUGCUGGGCAGCGAUCCUGCGGCGUGAACUGCUGAGUGUGUUCGCGCAGACGUACAGGUACAUCGCCCUGGCCGGCUCCAGGAGGUGGAGGCUCUGGCCCUGCGUAGAGGCCGAGCUGCGGCGGGCCGCGGCCUUGGUCUGCUUCGCGUUCGUGGACGCCAAGCGGCCCUACAGCACGGUCGUGACCGCGCCCGACGCCUCGGGGGCCAGCCGCCACGACUUCGGCGGGCACGGCGCGAUGGAGACCGACUGGGACCUGGAGAGCGUGAGGGCCGCGGCGGGCCAGGCCGAGAAGUGGCGGUGGUGCGUCUCAGAUGCCAUCGCUGCUCGCGCCCAGACGCUCGGCCUGCCGCAGGUCGUUGGCUUCGUCAUGAGAACAUCCUGCGUACUGAGGGGCGAGGGGUUGUACUGGGGCUUCGGCAUCGUCUACGUUCCCGGGCAUCCCAGGGAGCUCGUCACUUGCGGGGCAGAGGCGGCCGGCCUCUGCGGCCUCGGGGACACCUGGCUGGACGAGCCUGCUGCGGCCUUCGGUCGGCGGGUCGAGCCAGCCGAGUCGCCACCAAGUGGAGCUGCCGAGGAGGCGGCGGCCGCGGGCCUGGGUUACAUGCAGGCAUCGCGGGCACAGCCGCAGACGAUGGCCUACUACCGGGUCAUCCUGAGCGAGUUCGAGAGGUGGGCCGAGGAGCAGGACCUCAAGUUGGUGACGCCGGAGGAGAUGGACCAGGCCCUGUCCGCCCACAUGGACUCGCUCUUCUUCGAGGGCUACAAUCACGAUCAAGGAGAAAAGCUGAUAGCAGCCGUCAAGUACUACGACGUGCACGGGCUGUACCAGUCCGUGGAGGCGCUGCCCAGGGCCCGCGCAGCCUUGAGAGGCUUCCGCAAGCGGGCCCCCGGCCAGUCGCGGGCGCCCCUGCCGCGGCCAGGGCUGGCGGCUCUGGUGGGCGCCGCGUUGUUCUUGGGGAUGCAGGAGCCGGCGAUGGCCCUGGAGGUGGCGUGGUGCGCCUACCUUCGGCCCCCCAGCGACUUGAUCUCCAUGACCGGCUCUUCGCUCAUCCCGCCCCAGCGGUCCACGGGGGUGUCUCACUGGGCGCUGCUCCUGUACCACGAGGAGAAGCAGCCCAGGAGCAAGACUGGCCAGUGGGACGAGGGCUGCCUGCUGGACAGCGACAGGGUGACGGCGAUGGGGCCGCUGCUGCAGGCGCUGGUACGUCGUGCCGGGCCGAGUCUGCCGUCGUGGUCCUUCUCAGCCGCGCAAUUCCGAAUGCUGUUCCGCAAGGUGGCGCAGUUGGCUGGCCUCCCGGACUUGAACCCCUACCAGGUGCGCCACGGAGCCGCCAGCGCCGACGCCCUCCACCAGAGUCGGGACAUGAAGACCAUCCAGGAGAGGCUGAGGCACGCUCAAGAGUCGUCAACACGACGGUACAAAAAGCACACGAGGUAUCUCCGCGAGGUAGACCAGCUGGCGCCCGACACGAAGCAGUACGGAGACUACGUGGACGCCAACUUCGAGGCGCUGAUCACCAAGCGCAAGGCCGUGGCCGCGCCUCCAGGGGCAAAAAGGCUCAAGGCCGCGUUAGACCAGGCGCUGGGCCGCCAGCCUCGGAGGGCACAGACUUUUCUGGACCUCUUUGCCGGGACAGGGAUGCGGGCCGGAGCCGCGCCCGAGCCGCCGGGCAAGGCGCUGCUGGAGCCGCUCGUGGGCCCGCCGGCGCCCGCAGAGGCGUCCACGAUCGAGGCGUCGACCGCGGAGCCGUCGGAGGACAGCUCCAGCCUGAACACAGUCAGCUCAGGUGCGGGAGCGGUGGCGGCGCACCUCCUGUCCGAGUCCCCCGGCCGCCUCACGCUCGCUGUCAUGGGGCUCAGCGGCGUGGGCAAGACGGCGCUCUGCCGGCAGUACGUCGUGGGCAGCUUCGAGGCGGCGCACGAGCCGACCAUCGAGGACCUGCACCGCAAGGAGGCCGCCCUGCCCGGGGGCGCCCGCGCCUGCCUGAGCAUCCUGGACACCGCCGGGCAGGACGCGUACAGCGUGCUGCGGAGGAGCUGGAUGCAGAGCAGCACGGGCUUCCUGUUCGUCUUCUCGCUGGCCGACCGGCGGACGUUCGAGGAGCUGCCCGCCUUCCGGGAGGAGCUCGUGGACCUCUACCACGACAGCCCGCCGCCAAGCGUGCUCGUCGCAAACAAGGCGGACCUGCACGCGAGCGAGUGGGCCGUCAGCCACGAAGAGGCGUGGCACCUCCAGUCCCGCUGGCCGAACUGCCUGAGGGUCGUUCACGCGUCCGCCCUCUCCGGGGUCCCGCCGCACGGAAGCCUUCGAGCCGCUCUGCCUGGCGGCGCGUUCCUGGGCCGCAGCGCGGCGGCUGCGCCCGGCGCCGGCCGCGGGCCAGCUCGACGCGUGCACCAGGCAGCGGACGGCGUGCUGCUGCAGGAGGACGCGGGGGCUGCUGGCGCCCCGGGGCGUGGGCUGCCCGCCCGCCGGCCCCUGCGCGCUGCUCUGAGCUUCGCCAUGGCCGGCAGUGCCUCCAGGCGUGCGCGGCAGUCUACAGUAGCCCGAUGUGUCCUCUUGGCAUCGCUCGGACGUGUCUCACGGCGGAUGGGCGUCCGAGCGAUGGCAAGGGUUUGUGCUUACCCUGUUCCGCUCUUCCUCGGGGGGGCCCGAGCUCGGGCUCGGGCGUGUGCGUUGCUGUGUUUUGUUGUUUUUCCCUGGUCGGCGAGGGGCCCUCGAGGAGCACCCCCAAGAUCACCCUGCGCAGAGCUGCGCGCGCGAGGCCGAAAAGUGCCAAAGGGGGGGGGACGGGCGUCCGAGCAGUGGCUCGCGCUGGAUGCCUGCCUCGCGGGCCUGCGUGGCCAUGCCCUGCCGA